UAAUCAAAAGUGACGUGUUUUCAGCCUGCCACUCAAGCGUGGAACCGCAACCCUAUUAUGAUGCAUGUCUAAAAGAUACAUGUGGUUGUAAUUCGGGAGGAGAUUGUGAGUGUUUCUGCUCAGCUGUUGCAGCUUACGCAGCAGCCUGUAAUGAUGCCAGAAUCUGCAUUAAAUGGAGAACUCCUACCAUCUGCCCGCUGUUCUGUGAUUAUUACAACCCCGAUGGAGAGUGUGAGUGGCACUAUGCACCAUGUGGGAAACCAUGCAUGAUGACAUGUAGCAAUCCUUCAGGACGAUGCUACAAUAAACUUCCAGCAUUAGAAGGCUGCUAUCCAACUUGCCCACCUGAACGACCUUAUUUGGAAGAAGUUACCAUGAAGUGUGUAUCAAAUGUAGAAUGUGGCUGCUAUGAUAAUGACGGGAAACACUAUGAAGAGGGGGAGUCAAUGCCAACAAAGGAUCAUUGUCACAAAUGUUACUGUUCUUCCACAGUCAGAGAGUGUGUCUAUGAUGUAAAAGCUUGCAAGUGCAGCUAUAAUGGCCACAUCUAUGACUAUAACCAGACUGUGUAUGAUACACAUGAUGGAGAUGGAGCCUGCAUCAUUGGUGUUUGUGGAGAGAACGAAACUAUCAUCAGAAUCAUGCAACCUUGUACUACCAUUACACCAAUAACAACAGUCUUUAUAUUUACAACAAGGGAAACAACUACUAAGAUGCCCACCACAAGAACAACUGUACAAAUUCCUACUGUAACAACUCAGGCGGUGACAUCAAUUCUGACUUUCUCUAUGCCAAAAGUUACAACAAGACGAACAAUAACACCAUCAAAAGAAAUCCCAACAAUGCGAGUGACUACUGAAAAACCCACAGCAACCUCAAAAUUAAUUACUACACCCAUACAUACAACAACUGUUUCAAAAGAAACUGCAACAACAAAACAACCCACAACUCUUAUAAAAACACAUACCACAACACCUUACAUAGAAACACCUAGCACAACAGCUCAUGUAGAAACACCUACAACAACCCCUUACAUAGAAACAUCCACAACACCAAGUGACUGCUACAUAUGUAAUUGGUCAAACUGGAUUAACAAUGACUACCCUGAGCCUGGGCUAGAUGAAGGAGAUUAUGAAAAAAUUACAAACAUUUCGAACCUAGACUUGAGUGGUUGUAGGAAACCUCUUGAAAUUAAAUGUCGAGCUAGAUUGUACAUCGACAUACCUUUAAAUGAAUUAGGUCAAAAUGUAGUUUGUAACCCUACUGAUGGACUGAUCUGUAAUAACAGGGACCAAGGUAUUACUCCUGUGUGUUAUGACUAUGAAAUACAAGUCAUGUGUUGUGUU